CUUCCAGCUCCAAGUUCACUCCCACAUGGACGGCCGCUGGUCAGCAACUGACGGAAUUUGAACAAGGUGACCGUUAUAACCCGAGCUGGGGAGCGAGCGGGGUUUUUUAUUCCCUCCUCUAUGUUUCAGCCUCUUCCGUCCUGCUUUGGCGUUUUUAAGUGUGAACUUCGGCUCUGGUUCUUUUUUCAAUGACGUCCCCAAUUCCAAAAGAGGAGUGUGUUUAACCUUUGUAAUCCUGCCCCCAUCUAUCACAAGUGAUCGCCUUAUCGAAGCUGCACAGUGUGAACAACUGUAGACUUCCUCCCAGUCAAAUUCCAAACCAACACACCAAAAGCAAUGAGUGCAGGAGUAGCUAUACCGGAGGGAAAGAGGUUGAACAAGUAUGGAGACCUAGAAAACAUUGAAUUGACUGUGGAAGACUGGAUGACACGAUGGGAAAAGAAACACAUUGGUUUUCACAAGGGAGAAAUUCACGAAUUGUUGCAGAAACACUCGGACAUCAUUCUAAAUGGGAGGAAACAAAUCCGUAUUUUUGUCCCACUCUGUGGAAAGUCACUAGAUAUGAAAUGGUUUGCUGACCAAGGACACACUGUUGUUGGUGUGGAAGCAAGUAAAAUGGCCAUAAAAGAAUUCUUUGCGGAACAGAAUCUGUCACACACCCAGGAGUCUGUUCCAGGAAUGCCAGGUUCCGAAGUAUUUAAGAGUUCUGAUGGAAGGAUUUCUUUAUUUAAUUGUAAUGUGUUUGAUUUCUCAAGUGCAAUUGCUGGGAAGUUUGAUGGGAUCUGGGACAGAGGUUCUCUGGUAGCUAUCAACCCGCCUGAUAGAAAGCAUUAUGUCAAGCUAAUGACUACACUUAUGGCCAAAGAAUGUCACUACCUUCUGGAUACUUUUACAUAUGAUCAAGACAGAUGUGCUGGUCCACCAUUUUCUAUUCCUAAACUUACAAUUGAGGACCUGUAUGGCCAGUCAUGCAACAUUCAGUUGAUCGAAUCAUCAGAUGCUCUGACUGACAGACAGAGAUUGUGGGGUCUGGAUUCCUUCAUCGAACAAAUUUACCAAAUUACAUUGAAGACUGAUACAGAUCCCAGUGCAUUAACACAUUAACACAAGCUGCAUUAACUUUAUGAACAUUUUUGGAAAGUAGGAAAGUGAAUCUGAUUAGCAAAACUGAAACAAUGGGUUUUAUGUGAGUGGAAACAGAAAACUUUUAUUUCCCCUAGUAGUGGAACACGUGAUGUCCAUUCUCUUGAUUCCAAUCUGCACACAUUUUACGAGUCCAUUCAUACUAACUGUAAAGUUAGAAGAAAAUGAAGUUAGUUUGCAGCUUCACUACAGUUAUGGUGUAGAUAAAGUGAUUCUGUAGAUAUUUCCCUCUCCUCAACUACUUUUACCCUCCUUUCCAAAUAGCUAAAUGACUCCAAAACUCUUAGUAAGAUCUCCAUGAUUUGCGUUGCACAAUAAAUUGCAGGAAUAUUUGCACUGUUCUACCAAUAGGCUCUCCUAAGUUAAUAAAGUUUGUUCUCGUCACUCAACCCAUCAUUGCAGUCAAUGGUGAUUAUCAGUUUGCUGGAUUAUGCCAUUUUUCAUCAGAACAAUUUACUUAAGGUGAUCUUAAAAGUUGCAGCUGAUUUGCCUCCCAUGACCAUGCCUUAAUUUGAAUUAUAGCGUCACAGUGGUUUAUAGAAUCGUGUAGUUAGUCAACAUGGUAUGCCAUUGGCUGUGUUAUCUGCAAGUCCCUGAUUCGUCAUUGACCUCUCUGUCAUUAAUAGAUCAAAUUUCAGUAAUAAUGCAAUAUGAACAGGGGACUAAAAUGUUCAAUUAACAACACUGGCUGCCAAAUACACUACUUCAACCAAUUCAGGGCCCUUGUGUGCAAUAUCCAUCAUUCCAAAGAGCUGGGUACGUUAAUGCAAAAAUAUAUUAAGCCUAUUAAGCAACUUGCUGUGAGUGUGAUAUCUGCUAACCCCUCCGAUAUUACCGGAUUAUAGAAUAUUUCCACCACCGCAAUUACAGUUGUACUGUUGAGAAGGAGAAAGGUAGUUCCAUUUAAAAACUUAAAAUGGUAACCUGGAAUACGAACAAAUGUAAUGUUGCCCUUAAAAAAAGAAGGGGCUGGAUUUUAUGUUCCCCAAAUGGUGGGUUUGAAGUAAACUCUAAAAAGUGGCUUUCCCACCACCCACUCACCACCCACUGACCUGUCUGAAACUUUACAGGGAAUUGGUGAGGUGGUAUUUAACCCACAGCAGGGGAGGCCCACGCUAUGCAGGAAGCCGGGCAACUUUAGUUGCGUAUGCUGGUGUCAGUAAAGGGAGGAGCAAAUCUCCUUUGCGGGCCUUUUGGGUCUGUUGGAGGCAGCCUGAAAGAUUUUCCCCCACAAUUUCUUGAAACUGGCCCUCCAUUCACCAUUCCCCUCCCCACCCAUCCUCAAGGAGGGCCCCAACCCUAGACCUACCUGGGCCCCUUGCCAAGGUUAGAUGCCUGUAGUCCCAGCUGUUGCCUCAGCAUUGGUGGGACUACAGAGCUGCCGGUCAACCUGAGUGGCUGGCAGCUCUCUGGUCCUGAGAUUGAGUGAAUCAAUCAAUGUUGUUCCCAACAUUAAAUUGCUGCAGGGAAGCUGUCAGGAUAGUGGCUGGGCUCCUUUAACUUUGUAAUUGAGGCCACGGGGACUGCAGCAUCCCAUAAAAUCCAGCUCAAGGACUCUCAACCUCACAAUGUCCAAAUGCACUUUCAGAACAUAAAUAGGAGUAGUAAGCCACAUUUCCCCUUGAGCCUGUUCUGCCAUUCAAUAAGAUCCAAGACUGAUCUUCUACUUGAACUCCACUUGUCUGUAUUAUCUCUAUAUUCCUUGAUUCUCUGUGUCCAAAAUUCUAUUGAUUUCAGUUUUAAAGAUAUCUAAUGACUGAGCAUCCACAAUCAUUUGUGAGAGAGAAUUCCAUAGGUUCCCCACCUUCUGAGUAAAGAAAUUACUGUUCAUUUCGGUUUUAAAUGUGUGACCUUUAUCCUGAGACUAUGACCCUUUAUCAUUGACCAAGGGUCCGUAACCUCUUUUACAUGAAGAGCCUUUUUAAAAAAAAUUGCCUAUAAUAAAAAUUAUUGGGACCCACAAUAUGAAAAUUUGGCAUUCUAAACCAAAUACAUAGCAAAUUGCCAAAUGUCUCCUUUAGGAUGCAUAAUGUGUUUGGAUGUAUUGAAUUUAUAUAACAAAAAGGUCAAAAUUAAAAUAGACCUAACUCUGAAUUAUAAUUAUCACGUUUUUUUGACAUUUUCUGGCUCUUUGUUUUUCUGUUUGUAUCUCCUGCAUGUUCAGAUCUUCUGCAUCAAUUUGCAUGAAUUAUGUAUAAGCAAGUUCCAAAAAUGUAAAAAUAAUGAACCAUAUCACUUUAGUGGGAAAAUAGCAUGUUUUCACUUUGAAUCAAAAACUAAUAUGAAAUUUACAUAUAAAACUGAGAAUGCUUUGUGUCUUUGCUUAAAUAACAGGUCUUGUAAUAAAUUUUGUGUUACUAUAAUUUUAUCAGUAAAGUCAUCUUUAAAACAAACUUUAACUUAAGCUGCCUAGAAUUAAGACAGUUUGUUUCUGUUAUUGAUUCUUGUGAUCAAAAAAUUGCUUCUAAUACUGCAGAAUGAUUUAUCGUCUCAGCUAUAUUAGAAACAAUAAUGGUUGCAAUCAUAAAACCAGUUCAUUUCUGCGGUUAUGGAGAUGGAGCACGCAGUAUCCACCGGCACUUUUGAGGCCUUCCAUGCCCAGUGGGCACCACAGGGACAGGGUGCUUUAUUGACUCCUCGAAUCACAUUUUAAUUUGAUGUUGUAAGUUUCCUUGAAGAUUAGUUUUUCCUUUUGCAGUACCCUUCAAGGGGCUGCUUCUUACUUUGUCCUUCAUUUUUUAAAAUUUAGUUUAUUUGGUUGCUCAAAAGAGUAAAACCUGUUCAUUGAACCAAAGGCAUUAUCUAUAGACAUGAUGUAGCUUUACCACUCAAACAGGUUCAUUUCAGCCAAGAUGAUGCUUUUGUCAAAAUAAUCAUUUGAAACAGUCAAGUGCAGUAUAAUGAUCAGACUUGUAUCGCCACAAUAAAACAAGGCUCUUACUUCCUCAGCAA